CUCUCCGCCCUCAUUACUUAACCUUUUACCGCACGCAGAAGGGAUUCAGGUGUUAGGGUUUGAGUUUCUACUUCAACCAUUCGAAUCCCCCGCCAACUCUCUGGCGGAAUCUUCGACGAGAGGGUAUAUGAGUGGAUCGUAACUGGGAAGAUGUGGCUUGCACAAUCUGCUUGGAUUUUCCUCGCCAUGUUGGGCCUUUCGUGUGUGGUACUGAUUAGACUCAUUCAAAUUGUCUUGACCGGUUCAUAAGUGCAUAUGUGGUGCCUAUUGUUGUGAAAGUUACAUCACUACAGAUGGGGCUUCAAUGGUAUGCAUUCAAUACACUUUUUCUAACUCCAGCAGCCGAUCAGCCUGCCCACUAUGUAGAGGAGAUGUAACUUGGUGGGCUGUUAUCGAUGAGUCCCGUCGAUGCUGUGAAAAGAACACUGUUCAUAAAUUGGCAACUUGACUGAGCUGCAGAAGCAUGCUCAGAUGAAACAACCCCAUUCAGGCCCUUCAGAGAAAGAUCCUGCACGGCGACUUGAUUGGGAUAACCUUCAGCAGUCUUCAGAGAUCAUAGACGUCUUGAGCACUGUACAUUCAGAUGUACCAAAUGGAGUGGUUUAGAUGGGGAUAGAUGACCAUGAAGAUUUUCCUCAUAGCAGGGUCAACUGGUGGUGACCUCCUCCUGUAUAUCUUGUAAUGUACUUCAUAGCGGUUCAAGAAACCGGCAGAGCUCAAGAGGAAGCAGAACAAGAAGCAGUCACCAUUGAAGCUCUGAUGGUUCAAGUCUACAAGAUCUGUAAAUACACAAGAGUACAGAUUUGUUGAAACCAACAAUGAACUUGCAAACUUAUCAAAAAGAAACAAUGAACUUGCAAGACGUCUGAUCCCCGGCCACUACAGAUAUGGCAGGAACGGAUCUCAUUUCUAUGAUGAUUGGGCACCAAGAAGCUAGUCCAUCAUCUAGAGGCAGCUUUGCAGCUUCUGAAUCUUGCCAUUUGGGAUGUAUGAUGAUCGUCUCCUUUUCAAUCCUACUUUUAUCUGUUGAUAAACAUCAGACUUGCUUGUUUACCACUGCAACAUUCUUUCAACAAAAAGCAUUAUGGAAAACUACUAUGAUACAGAGAGCCUCAAGCUGCAUCAUGGGUUUAACAUAUCAGCUAGCUGAGUUGAUUCUUUCUGGGAGACUGCUGGUGGCAAAGUGAAACUGAGGUUGAAUCUUCAUGUUGCUGAGCAGGAUUCAAGUGAUGGAAAUAAUCUCUCUUAUAGAGAUAAGACUACUAGGCAAGAGACAGGUGCCCUUUGGGUUGUUUAGAGAGAGAGAGAGAGAGAGAGAGAUGGGCAGAGCCCCAUGCUGUGACAAGGCUAUUGUGAAGAAGGGACCAUGGUCUCCUGAAGAGGAUGCAAAGCUCAAGGCUUACAUUGAAGAGAAUGGAACUGGAGGAAAUUGGAUUGCACUGCCUCAUAAGAUUGGAUUGAAAAGGUGUGGCAAAAGCUGCAGACUGAGAUGGCUAAACUAUUUAAGACCAGACAUCAAACGUGGUGGUUUUACAGAAGAAGAAGAUCAAAGAAUCUGUAGCCUCUACAUAAGUAUUGGGAGCAGGUGGUCAAUAAUUGCAGCCCAACUUCCAGGAAGAACAGACAAUGAUGUCAAGAACUACUGGAACACCAAGCUACAGAAGAAACUAUUCGGCAAGCGAAAAGAACCACCCCUCCGCAUCAACCAUGUUCCAACCCUACCUGCAUCAGCUCUCGAGAGGAUGCAUCUCCAAGGCCUCCUCAGCUCCCCCUUCUCCUUCUGCAGCAACCCUGAGCCAUGGCCAAACCACCAGCCACCAGGAGACAGAUCAAUUCUCCCAAGCAUCUCCACAGACUCUACGCAUCAAGCUGGUUUCCAAAUGAGAUCUGGCAUCUUAAAGUCCGAGAGCUCAAGUACACGAGGAGAAGUAGAGCGUUCAGCGCUAGGGUUUCACUCGGCUUCAACCGGAGGAAGCCUCAGCAUGGAGACUUCAACCUCGAGCUUCGAUGCUGUGACUGCAGAUCUUCAAGCUGAUGAGCUCGAUGACUUGCUCCACUGCAACCACUCCUCGUCCUUCGCAGGGCAUCAAGAGCACGAGCUCGCUGGCUUCGACUGUUGCAGAGAAGUGUACGGUGAAAAGGAGAGCACAGAUUGGUGGAUCGUCGACGGUUUCGAGGAUGAGUCGACGAUGGUGUCUUGGGAUUCAGCUUCAGCUCUCGGUUCACAAGAGUACGACGUUUAGGGAUUUGCAAGAAUCUAUAUGGUGUCAAAGAACGGUGUGCAAUCUUCUUGGUAGUGUUGUCCCAUUUGCGUGUGAGUUUGUCCAUGUUAGGUUGCCUCUCGCAUUACAUCUGAUGGGGAAUGGAUUCGUUAUGAACAGAAGCUGAUUCGAGUA